AUGAAGAAGUUCCUGGAGGCUUUGGAUAGUGAAAAAGAGGCUGCAGGAGAUGCCACCACCACCACCAUCAACACCCUGAAAGUAAUACCUGGUGCUCGUUUUGGUGAUGAUGAUUUUUUUCACGAACUCCCAGAAACCUUUCCUUCUGAUCCCCCAGAACCUCUUCCUCAUUUUCUCAUUGAGCCUGACGAAGCAUACAUCGUCAAGAAUAAGCCAGUGAACCUUUACUGUAAAGCCAGCCCGGCCACUCAGAUCUACUUCAAAUGCAACAGCGAAUGGGUUCAUCAGAAGGACCAUAUUGUGGAUGAAAGGGUGGAUGAAACCUCUGGACUCAUUGUUCGAGAGGUAAGCAUUGAGAUUUCACGGCAACAAGUGGAAGAACUCUUUGGACCCGAAGAUUACUGGUGUCAGUGUGUGGCUUGGAGUUCUGCAGGCACAACCAAGAGUAGGAAGGCCUAUGUCCGUAUUGCAUAUUGCACAGAAAUUAAUGGAAGAACUGUGGGUGAAUGUUCUGAGAAAGUAAAUACACGCAAGGUUGAGUGGCUGAAAAAUGAAGAGGUGAUAGACCCUGUUGAAGAUCGAAAUUUUUAUAUCACUAUUGACCACAACUUGAUCAUAAAGCAGGCACGUCUCUCUGAUACAGCCAAUUAUACUUGUGUUGCCAAAAAUAUUGUGGCAAAAAGGAAGAGCACCACUGCUGCUGUCAUUGUCUAUGUCAACGGCGGAUGGUCAACAUGGACAGAGUGGUCAGUAUGUAACAGCCGUUGUGGAAAAGGCUUUCAGAAGCGUACAAGAACAUGUACCAAUCCAGCACCCCUCAAUGGAGGAACUUUCUGUGAAGGCCAAAAUUUGCAGAAAAUAGCUUGCACCACAUUAUGUCCAGUGGAUGGGAGGUGGACAGCAUGGAGUAAAUGGUCUACCUGUGGAACAGAAUGUACCCACUGGCGCAGGAGGGGCUGCACCGCACCAGCACCCAAGAACGGCGGCAGAGACUGUGAGGGCCUUGUCUUGCAGUCCAAGAACUGCACAGAUGGGCUGUGUAUGCAGAGUUUCAUUUACCCUAUUUCAACUGAACAGAGAACCCAGAAUGAAUAUGGAUUUUCUUCUGCUCCUGAUUCGGAUGAUGUCGCUCUCUACGUUGGCAUUGUGAUAGCCGUGAUUGUGUGCUUGGCUAUUUCCGUAACUGUUGCAUUAUUCAUCUACCGGAAGAACCAUCGAGACUUCGAGUCAGAUAUUAUAGAUUCCUCAGCACUAAAUGGUGGAUUUCAGCCUGUAAAUAUAAAAGCUGCCAGACAAGAUCUCCUAGCGGUUCCCCCUGACCUUACUUCUGCAGCAGCUAUGUAUAGGGGCCCGGUCUAUGCCUUGCAUGACGUCUCUGAUAAAAUCCCAAUGACCAACUCGCCAAUCCUGGAUCCAUUGCCCAGCUUGAAGAUCAAAGUUUACAAUAAUUCGGGUGCAGUCACACCCCAGGAUGAGCUGCCGGAUUUUUCAUCCAAACUCUCUCCACAGAUUACUCAAUCCCUACUGGAUAAUGAAGCAUUAAACAUGAAAAACCAGAGCCUUGCGCAGCAAACCGAUCCAUCGUGCACUGCUUUUGGGACCUUCAAUUCUCUUGGAGGUCAUCUGAUUGUACCUAAUUCAGGAGUAAGUUUGCUGAUUCCUGCGGGGGCGAUUCCUCAGGGGAGAGUUUAUGAAAUGUAUGUGACGGUUCACCGAAAGGAGAGCAUGAGACCACCAGUAGAAGAUUGUCAAACCCUUUUGACCCCUGUAGUAAGCUGUGGGCCUCCAGGAGCAUUGCUAACUCGGCCUGUCAUUCUAACAAUGCACCACUGCGCAGAACCGAACACCGAAGACUGGAAAAUUCAGCUGAAGAACCAAGCAGCCCAGGGACAGUGGGAGGAUGUAGUAGCAGUUGGAGAAGAAAACUUCACUACUCCAUGUUAUAUCCAGUUGGAUCCAGAGGCAUGCCAUAUACUCACAGAAACUCUUAGCACCUAUGCCUUAGUAGGGCAGUCAGUCACCAAAGCAGCCACAAAACGUCUGAAGCUGGCCAUAUUUGGGCCACUGAUCUGCUCCUCCUUGGAAUACAACAUCCGUGUCUACUGUCUGGAUGACACCCAGGAUGCCCUCAAAGAAGUGCUGCAGUUGGAGAGGCAAAUGGGUGGACAAUUAUUGGAGGAUCCAAAGGCUUUACAUUUUAAGGGUAGCACUCAUAAUCUUCGCUUAUCUAUUCACGAUAUUACUCAUUCCCUAUGGAAGAGUAAACUACUAGCAAAAUACCAGGAACCUACUGGCAUUGAAUAUCCACUUAUGGAUCCAGCAAGCACCAUUACAACCGUAGUAGGACCCUGUGCAUUCAGCAUCCCUCUUCCUAUCCGUCAGAAGCUUUGCAGUAGUCUAGAUGCUCCUCAAACAAGAGGCCACGAUUGGAGGAUGUUGGCACACAAACUCAACUUGGACAGGUACCUCAAUUAUUUUGCUACAAAAUCGAGUCCCACCGGCGUGAUCUUAGACCUUUGGGAAGCCCAAAAUUUUCCCGAUGGAAAUUUGAGCCUGCUGGCCACCGUCCUUGAAGAGAUGGGAAGACACGAGACAGUCGUUUCAUUGGUAGCCGAAGAAAAGUACUGA